UGUCAUCGUGGCGACUACAGCGCCGCGUACACCCAAAUGUCAGCCUUUUGUUGCACUCGAAGAAUUUUACAUGAUUUUUCACGCGAAAUUUCCGGCAGAAAUAGUUAAUAUUGUUGAGUAAUUCCAAUCAUAUCUGCAUGUCCCCAUCCUGUGCAUUGUGUUUGGUGCUGUAGAAUUGUUUUCAAGUGCGGUUUUAGUGUGGUUUUAACUUGAUUUUGGGAACGAACAUCUGGCGUGUUUUUGUGUUUCUUUCUUCUCCUACGUCUCAAAAGAAAAACCUCCCACGGAGAUUUUCCUUCUGCACUGUUUUCCCGGAGAGGCUUUGGUAAAAUAUGGCAAAGAAUCAUCUCUUUGUGGCUAUUGGAGUGCUCCUGGCCAUUGCUGUGUCAAUUGGAUCGUGCAGCGGAAAAACAGCUGUCGUGGAAUUGUCUGAGGACAACUGGGAUUUGAUGCUGAAAAAUGAAUGGAUGGUCAAAUUUUAUGCCCCUUGGUGUCCAGCUUGUAAGAAUAUUGCCGCAACUUGGGAUGAUUUCUCAACGUGGUCUGAUGAUUUGGGGAUUAAAACGGCUAAAAUCGACGUUACGUCAUCCCCCGGACUCAGCGGGAGGUUUUUCGUCACUGCCCUGCCGACUAUAUUCCAUGUCAUCAAUGGAGAGUUCAGGCAGUACCGGGGUACUAGGGAUCUCAAUGCUCUGAUGUCCUUCAUUGAGGAGAAAAAGUGGGAAACAGUGGAACCUGUUUCAGCUUGGAAGAGACCAGACUCAAUCCAGAUGUCCAUUGUCUCGUACUUCUUCAAAUUAUCGCACUUCUUGAAGGAGCUGAACACUUUGAUGUUGAAGGAAUAUGGUCUUCCAGCUUGGGCAUCUUAUGCCAUUUUUGCCGUUGCUACAAUUCUCAUGGGUGCCAUUCUGGGGCUCCUUCUUGUUUGUGUGAUUGACUGUCUCUUCCCGCCAAAGCACGUCCAACGCACCAGUUUCUCCGAGAGUCAGAGUCAGAAUCGUGAUCAAGGAUCUGGAGAUGAUAUUCCUGCGGAUGAACUUGAGGAUGAGGAAGUUUCUUCGGGUUCUGACAAGGAGAAGUACUCAGGCACUGAUACGGAAGAUGAAGAGGAAGAAGGUGAAAAAGUGUCACCACCACCGUCUCCGCGCAAAGGAACACCCAAAGGUACUCCGACAUCCAGUCCGGACGUGAGAAAGCGAAAACCACGCAAGGCUGAAUAAAAAAAAUGGGAAGAAAAAAGAAGAAAAGAUUAUUGAAUCCAAAAGUUGUGAAGAUCGCAUGAAACUUACAAGUAAACUGAACGUCAAGAUUAUCGCAAGGAUACAGAGGAAAAAAAUACUAAAUAUUAUGAUGACACAUUUUGGAAAAUAAGGAGAAAAAGUUGCAGAAAAAAAAACAAUAAAAGACUUGUUCGCCUCAUAGACUUCGUAUGUAUAUAACCAAUAUUUGAAUUGAUAUUGCUGUUGAAAUUGCAUUUAUACGGAUGGAAGGGGAUUUGAGGGGGAGUGUAGAGAGUAGGAGAGAAAGAUCUGUUUAUUUUCAACAUAAUUUUGAGCACAUUUUGGCGCACAAAUAACCCAGUGAAAAAAAAUGUAUUAAUUUCUCGAAGAAUCACAAAAGCAGACAAAUUUGUUUGCUUUAAUUAUCAGUACUUUCGACCAUCAACGAAGGUCUAUCUUCGUCGAUAUGAAGAGUUAAUUGAACUAAUAAGUAGAUUUUAAGCGUUUUUUGUCAAAAUUUUGCUUUAUAAAUGAGAAAAAAAUAAAUUUUAAAUAAUA